AAAAUGACUGAAUGUAUAUGGAUUUUAGUUGAUCAAGGAAUAUGUGAAUCUCAACUAGUUUAUGGUGCCGCUAAUCAUGAUAAUACAAAUCUUUAUAUCGGAAGAGCAAGGUUCAAGAAUGACUUGAUCCCAGGAAAAGUUCUAUGGAAUCUUAAAUCUAUUCAUAUAAGUUACGGUGGAUCUGAACAUUCUUUAGGUGUCUUUGAAGUUCUCAUUAAUGAUGGAAACUAUGCUUGGGUUGAAGAUAGCAAUGGAAAUGUUCCACCAAAUGCUGUAAUUGGAGGACGAACAGCAGAUGGAGAAUCUUUGUAUGUGGCACGUGCUAAGCAUCUUUAUUUGACAAUUCCUGGAAAAAUUCAUCCAUCACAUAAAUGUGCUUAUGUUCCAUGUGAUUGGAAAGAACAUGCUAAAAAGACUUAUGAGGUUCUUGUUAGAUUGGAACCGAGAAGUGUCGCUUUUACAGCAUCAAAACCUCAAACUAUGCCAGGAUCAGCUAAUGUGGUUUCAUCUGGAUUUGAAUGGGUGAGGCAUAUGAAAAGUACAGGAUGGCCCGAAAAUGCAAUAAUCGGUGGCAAGUGUAUUGAUGAUGGUCAACAAAAAGACCAAUACAUUGCAAGAACUAAACGUGACUCGAAUAUUAUUGUAGGAUAUGCUUACAAAAAUGGCAAUUUUCAUGGAAUUUUAGAUGGCAGAGAAAUUCGCUCAGAAUGCUUCGAACUUUUUGUCAAAAAAUAAAAAAUUAAGAAAUUGUGAAAUAAAAAUGCAAAAGUUUUAGCAAAUAUAAA